CUUGGAUAGUCGGUGCUUAAAACGAGGAAGGAAGUGCCGUAUACCUUCCUCUCACUACACACUUGGAGAGAUUAGCGGCAGCAGUAAUCUGUUUCAGGACCAUGGCCAGAGACAACGUUUGGAUAUGAAUCUUAUCGAAAGUUGCCUACGACUCUCUGUGAACCUUUACGGACACCAAACAGUGUGACGAAGUUUGUUUGGACAGGGUAUCCGGAAAAGUGGGGCUGAACAUGCAUAUUCGACUGGUUUUAUAUAAAGGGACUUGAAGGAGGCUCAGUCAAAUCUCUGGACAGUCUGUCGCUAAUUACGAGUCUCGUUUCACAUGAAAGCGUGAGUUACGAAAGCUGGUGACCCAACCAAAUCGGUUCUUUUAAUGUGAGUAAGAAGCAAGAAGCCGGGAAGCAGAGGAGAAAGGCUGUGCGCUCAGUCGGGAGCGCGCAGAGACUGCACAUUGGGCCGGUCCUGGAGACGUGAGGAUGGAGGUCCGGCCGGACAGGUUUAAGGCCGUGGCAGCCAAAACUCUUGGGAAAAUAUACGGAGCUAUCGAGAAGAAACAGGAAAAUGGUGAGACCAUCGAGCUGUCGGCAGAGGGCCGGCCAGAGCUGGUGGAGGAGAAGGAGAUGCCUGUGGUGGACUGCACGUGCUUCGGUCUGCCCAGGCGCUACAUCAUCGCAAUCCUCUCUGGCAUUGGUUUCUGCAUCUCCUUCGGUAUCCGGUGUAACUUGGGCGUGGCUAUCGUCAGCAUGGUCAACAGCCACACCAUCUUCAAAGACAACAAGGAGGUUAUAGUGAAAGCACAGUUUGACUGGGAUCCUGAAACGGUGGGAAUGAUCCACGGUUCAUUCUUCUGGGGAUACAUUGUAACUCAAAUCCCAGGAGGGUUCAUUUGUCAAAAGUUUGCAGCAAACAGGGUGUUUGGCUUUGCUAUAGUGGCAACAUCUUUCCUGAACAUGCUCAUUCCUACAGCAGCUCGUAUGCACUUUGGCUGCGUUAUCAUUGUCAGGAUCUUUCAAGGACUUGUGGAGGGAGUUUCAUACCCAGCAUGUCAUGGUAUUUGGGCCAAAUGGGCACCACCUCUUGAAAGAAGUCGCCUGGCAACAACAGCCUUUUGUGGUUCAUAUGCUGGUGCUGUGAUUGCCAUGCCAUUAGCUGGAAUCCUAGUCCAGUACUCAGGAUGGUCAUCUGUCUUCUAUGUGUAUGGAAGUUUUGGUGUUAUGUGGUAUUGCUUUUGGAUCCUGGUCUCGUAUGAAAGUCCGGCAGCUCACCCCACCAUCACCGAGGAAGAAAGAAAAUACAUUGAGGAAAGCAUUGGCGAGUCAGCCCAAUUUACAGUAACGAAAUUCAACACACCGUGGAGGGCCUUCUUUACCUCCAUGCCAGUGUAUGCCAUCAUCGUAGCCAACUUCUGCCGAAGCUGGACUUUCUACUUGCUCCUCAUCAGCCAGCCUGCUUACUUUGAGGAGGUCUUUGGGUUUGAAAUUAGCAAGGUGGGGAUAUUGUCUGCUCUUCCUCAUCUGGUUAUGACCAUCAUUGUGCCCAUUGGUGGCCAGAUUGCUGACUAUUUGCGAUGCAACCACAUCAUGACCACCACGAAUGUCAGGAAGCUAAUGAACUGUGGAGGGUUUGGGAUGGAGGCUACCUUGCUGCUGGUAGUUGGUUUUUCACACACAAAAGGCAUUGCCAUUACAUUCCUGGUCCUGGCUGUGGGUUUCUCUGGUUUCGCCAUUUCAGGUUUCAAUGUCAACCACCUGGACAUUGCACCGCGGUAUGCUAGUAUCCUCAUGGGUAUCUCCAACGGCGUAGGCACCUUGUCUGGGAUGGUCUGCCCACUUAUAGUCGGUGCCAUGACAAAGCAUAAGACGCGAGAAGAGUGGCAGGGCGUGUUUCUUAUUGCCUCACUCGUUCAUUAUGGAGGUGUUAUGUUCUAUGGUAUUUUUGCAUCUGGAGAGAAACAAUCUUGGGCAGAGCCAGAGCAGCUGAGUGACGAGAAAUGCGGGAUCCUGGACGAGGAUGAGCUUGCAAAUGAGACGGAAGAACUGUAUCGCACAAGCGGUGGAGUGGGCUACGGAGCCACGAACCAGGCAUCGGAUCCCAACGGAGGGGGCAUGGCUGGGGGAGGAGGAGGAGGCUGGGUGUCAGACUGGGACAAAACUGAGGAGUAUGUCCAACCAGCCGGAACCAAUAAUUAUCUUUACGGAGGAGAGGGCGACCGAGAGUUAUAACGUAAAGCCAGCAGACACAGUUUAUCAGCAAUGUGGAAUUUCACUCAAUGGCAUUAAAAAACUGGUGGGAAUGUGGGGAUGGACAAUUUUCAGCAGGUCUGACUAUUUUAUCAUAAAUUAAGAAUUUCACAGAGACUGCACAGUAGAGGUGAAGACAGUAGUAAAAGUAAAAUGUGUUUGUGCAUGAGUGCAGUCGUUAUACGCUGUGUGGCAGAAUGGUGUCACCGGCCCACCUUCAGACAUGUCGGAGGACGGCUUUAGGCCUGGUGUGGCGUUCUUUGAUGCUUAGUCAUUGUAACUGUAGAAACUGGACUGACAUGACAUGGAUUUCAUUUCUAUGCCUCUUAUUUGUAUUUUAAUCACUCGUGAUUACACAUCUUUAGGCGCACAAUGAUCACACUGACUUUUCUUUUUAGGAGAAAUUGAUAUCUAUUGUCAGAUUAGUUUCGAAGAAAAGAUUUUUCAUAGGGGUGGCCAAGAGAGAAACAACCUGCUGUAGGUUUAUGUAUUAGUCUUCCUAGUCAAAUGGUACAUUUACUACAUAGAAUAAUAACAUAUUUGUUUGAUUUUUAUUUUUCACCCUUAUCUGAUUUAAAAAAACAAAACAAAAAAGAUCUGCAACCAUCUGUUGAGAUACUCUCAUUCAUGGCAAAACAGGUUUGCUGAAGAUAUAGUAAUUUCUGGAUGUAAUUUCUCCAUUAAUAUAUAGUUGAACAUAGCCACCCAUGGCCACCCCUUGUCUCUGCCCCUGGCCCCAACAGGUUUUUGGUUGUUUUGUUUUCUUUUUCAUUAUUGUCCUUAAUGUGCACAUUUUAGAAAAAAAAAUCAUGUGCCAAUACAACACAAUAUAUAAUGUUCUGUAGUAUUGGUUUAUUCAUCCACUGAAAAAGGAACUGAACAUCUGCAAAUAACACCACAUCUGGCUUUCUUUAGAUGCACUUUUUAACCACUGUAUGUAGUGGACUACUACCUUGCCUACUAGCUGUCAUACUGUGAAAAAAAGCAUAUAGGAUUAGUUUAAAUCUCCAGAACAUCAACGUCCUCUUUUAAAAUUAGACUCUUAGGUUAGAAACUAUUUUUCUUUCUGUUUCUUUCUGUUUCUAUUCUUUCUGUUUCUAUUUCUAAAUAGAAACAGAAAGAAAUUUUGCAAAAACAGAAUUUUGCUUUGUAUGAUUAACAUCUAAUGCGUCCUCUAUUGGUAUUAUUUUGUUCUGCUCCAUCUGUGUUUGAGGCUGGCAUCAGAGGAAGCAGUUUGCUGUCUCCAGUGAAGUGGCAAAGCACAAACAGCACCAAGCUGAGGCUGUGGGAUCAGUUUUGUAGCGCUCUCAUUUGAAGGUGGACUUUAAAUUGAAUUCAUAUGUGUUUAAUAAUCCAUAAAAUAUCAAUUAAAACCAAGACCAGUUAAUAAAAAUGCUGAAAAUCCCAACGGCAUUUCUCUGGACAAUUUAUUUUUUAUUAGUAGAUGUGGUCAUGUAUCUAGUUAGUCAUUAACUAGUAAUGGGAUGGUACUGUUUACUGAUAGGAUUGAUAUUAAAUGUUAGGAUUUUUACUAUUUCUGUCAUUUUUCAUUCAUUUAUUGUUAAAUGUUCUGUUCUUAAUUAUAAACUAAAUCUAUGUGUAAAGGAAUGUGGAAAAAUACUGAAGAAUAAAGCUUAGAGGUGAUAGCUUCCACAGUAGUCACAAAUCUUUAUAUUUGGCAGUUUACCCUUAUGCAUUGCUGCCAUUUUAAUGUUUUAACCUUUCAUAUCAGAUGGUACAGAGUACGUCUCGCUAUAAGUUCAUUAUUACGCCUGAUUUGUACUCCACUGUAAAACAAAACAUCUGUUUUCUCCAUGUCAGCUCUGUUUCAUGCAUGAUUCAGACACUAAGUGUGCAGGUCUUAAACAUUCCUGACCCUUGGUUUCAUGUUACCCCUAAUGCUCUGCUCCAUCCCAGACAGAAUAUUGAUCACUGAGCUUAACUGUGAGCAUUUGGAAAUGAAGCAGAAAAAUAGAUUUUGACGGCACAGCCGGUAAGAAGCACAAAGCCUUGGGGUCUCUAAAAUCAGUGGUAUCAUCAUGCAUCCAUUUGUGAUUGAACAUAUAACAUAUUAUACAGUAUAUGAUACCUGAUAAGCAUGCAGCACUGCAUCCGGUGUAAUUUACUUGCCCUAUUGCAUGCCAGUAUGAAUGUUGUGCAGAGGCAAAGGACACAGUAAAGAAUGGACUUAAGAGAGCCUGAAGACCUAAAAAAAAGUUACGACAGUAAAGGGUCAGCAUUAGCUUUCUAUUGAAAUCAAAUAUCUUGUGUGUGUGUGUAAAACCAUUACUGGAACUACUGUAGAUUUCCUCUAUGAUCACAGCAAUACAUUCUAAGUUUUCAAACCACAAACAACGAAAAAACAUGACAUAGCAUAUUACCAUCGUUCACAUUUUAUUUAGCACAACCAGUAAGAAAUGCAGAAGCAGUGUGUUAAAUAACCAACACCCUAUUUUUCAGUAGUUUGUAGAAUCUCAAGCAGCAGUAACUUGAAGUGUCAACUCACUGGCUGCAAGUUGUCCGUUCUCUGCGGCUUCAAAACAAGCCUAAAUCAUUACCCCUCCACCUCCGUGCUUGACAAUUGGUAAAGUUUUCACAUUACUGCAAAUUGAAUCCUGGUUCAAAUAACCUGUGUGGCUCAGACCCCACAUUACAUCACUUUACAUUACAGGGGUUAGGGCUGUGUUCGAUAGGGGACAAACAUCUUCUCUCUGGUUGUCUGUCCAAAACACAUCGUUACAGAAAUUGUUUUGCCAUCUUUAAACAAAUGCAUUUUUCAUAUUCCAUGUGAAGACACAGAUAAAAAGUAGUUUCGGUCCUGUGUUAAAACUGAAAACACUAACUGUUCAGCUGAGAAACUGUAACAGCUGUAAUUUAUCACAGAUGGGUGUGUUCAUCCUUAUCACUUAAACACAAUCACAUAAACACCAUGACUAAAGCUGAACAUGUUAGAUAAUUACAUACGGCUAUUUUACAUAUUGUUCUUUUAUUUUAAAACCUCAAAGUUUUAAAGCUAUGAAUUAUAUUCCUCCCAGCCUUAGUGUCAUGGUCUGUGUGCAGGUAGUCAGGAAAAGAAGCAAAGUGCAGAAGUCAUGGAGGCAGAAGUUAACUUAACAGAACCUCAGCUUUAUUGCUAGCAGAGUGCUAAAACUGAAAUAACACGGGAACAGAACACAGAGGCAGAUACGGUGGUACGACGCGACGCUGAACAUAUGAAAAUACAGACAAUAAAUACAAGAAGAACACGAGGGAAUGAGACCAGAUGGGGGACACAGCUGAUACAAAUUAACUGAUGGGACCAGUCAGACACAAAACUAGAAACAUCAACAUAAGACACAGACCUUCAAAGUAAAACAGGAAAUCCAUAGAAAAAACUCAGAGGCUCUGAACUAAACUUAUAUUAAAUACUAGAAACUAAAAAUUACAAUAAAAAUACACA